AUGGCGCUCAAGAGAAUCAACAAGGAGCUCAAUGACCUAAGCAAGGAUCCGCCGACAAACUGCUCGGCCGGGCCUGUUGGCGACGACAUGUUCCACUGGCAAGCGACCAUCAUGGGCCCUGAGGACAGCCCGUACAGCGGAGGAGUGUUUUUCUUGAACAUUCACUUCCCAAGCGACUAUCCGUUCAAGCCCCCCAAGGUGAACUUCACGACGAAGAUCUACCAUCCCAACAUCAACAGUCAAGGCGCGAUCUGUCUCGACAUUCUGAAGGAUCAGUGGAGUCCUGCGCUCACCAUCUCGAAAGUCCUUCUGUCCAUCUCUUCUCUCCUCACAGAUCCUAACCCUGACGAUCCUCUGGUUCCUGAGAUCGCGCAUCUGUACAAGUCAGACAGAAUGCGAUACGACCAGACGGCUCGGGAGUGGUCUCAGAAGUACGCUCAGUAA